AUGCCCCGCCAAGAGGCCCUCGCAUGCAUCACGAGGGAAUUCAGGAUUGUCAGCCAGCAAGGCGCAAGAGACGAAUCGAGCCUUUCAUCCGACCCCUGGCUCGGGCACGGGCCCCCAUUGCACAAUGCGGGCAGCGCAGGCCCGCACAAAAAAACAACAAAAAUAACUGGCUCAUUUCCUCCCGUCUUAACCGUCCUCGCUGUGGGGAAGAAGCGCUCCAUGCCUCAUUCUGCCAAGCGGCGUGUGGAGAAGCCAAUCAGCGCCCCUCGCCUCAUCGCCGAGCCGCGACCACACGUGUGA